AUGACAAGGUUGCCAUUCAAAGGCGACACAAGUACUUUUGGAAAUUCUCAGAAAAAUGCAUUAAGAAGAUUUUUAUCUAUGGAAAGAAGACUUGACUCCAAUAUUGAGUUAAAAUUGGAAUAUGUGAAAUUUAUGCAAGAUUAUGAAAAUCUCGGACAUAUGUCGAUGGUUAAGGAUUUGGAUUUAAAUUCUCCCCACUAUUUUAUCCCACAUCAUUAUGUAAUUAAACCAGAUAGCACAACUACUAAAUUACGUGUAGUGGGCCCUACAAUCCAAAAUGAACUUGUAAUAACAUUAUUAAGAUUUCGAUUAUAUCAAUAUGGAAUAACGGCUGACAUAACAAUAAUGUAUAGACAAUUUUGGCUACAUCGAAGUGAUCGCAAUUUUCAACUAAUUUUGUGGCGUGAGCAUAAAUCGCAAAAUAUUUCAGUUUAUCAACUGAAUACUGUUACAUAUGGUACGAGUUCUGCGCAAUUUCUUGCAUCUAGGUGCUUACACUACAUUGCAGAUAACUAUCCUUACCGUAAAGAAACAGGUAAAAUGAUAUUAAAAAGGGAUUUUUAUGUCGAUGACAUGAUCUCAGGAGCAGAUGACUUGGAGACAUUGCAAGCCAUCAAAAAUGAAACUACCGAAAUAUUGGAUUUUUACAACUUAUCGUUAACAAAGUGGAAUAGUAACAAUGUUAACAUCACUGCACCAAAUGUUAAACUUACAGAUAUUGAGACUGCAAGAGAUAUGGCAUGCCCACUUGGAAUGUUAUGGAAUACGAAAGAAGACUAUUUUUGCUUCACUUUUCAAUCAACCAAUAUACCAGCAAGUCAUACUAAACGAAACAUUUUGUCAUUAGCAUCAUCUUUAUAUGAUCCUUUGGGUCUAAUUACUCCACUUAUCAUCAAAGCUAAGAUUUUGUUACAGCAACUAUGGAUAAUUGGAUGUGAUUGGGAUGAAUCCGUACCUCAAGAAAUUUACACAACAUGGAACAAAAUUCUUGCUGAUUUGCAUCAAGUGGUACUUCUUAAAAUUCCUAAGUUCACUCGAAUCAAGAACUCAAUUAACAUGCAAGUACAUGGCUUCAGCGACGCAUCAAUUAGAGCAUACGGAUGUUGUAUCUAUCUACGUUGUCAAGAUAAUUUUGGCAAUGUUAAUGUUCAUUUAUUAACUUCCAAAUCCCGAGUUGCUCCUGUGAAAGCAAGAUCAUUACCACGUCUUGAAUUGUGUGCCGCCCAUCUUCUUGCUGGAUGCUGGAACAAGAUUAAAGAUAAUUUAUUAUAUUAUAUUAAUAACAUAUACUUUUGGUCUGAUUCACAGAUUACUUUACAUUGGAUUAGUUCUCAUUCUUCAACACUAGCGACCUUUGUUGGUAAUCGAGUUGCUGACGUUCAAGAAUGGUCGGUAAAUGCAUUUUGGCGCCAUGUACCAACCGAUCAGAAUCCAGCUGAUCUCGUUUUUAGAGGGUCUACCGUCCCAGAAUUCCUGUAA